CUUACGGUACGUUUUCCCGAUAUCCGUGUUACCGUUAUCCGUGUUUUUAGUCCAGUCAAACCAUAUUGCGGGAAAUUACUGCGCUUUUUUUUGGCAUUAAAGGUCUUUAUUGUAUAGCAAUUGUAAAUCGCUAUGGUAACAUAACGAAUGGGCAAAAUUAGAGGGAUUGAACAUUUUUUAAAGCUAAAACUAGUUUUAUAGAGUUUAUAACGUCGGGUGAUUAUAUCUUGUCGAAUUGGUCAAUUUUACAGUCAGUGAACACACAGCUCUGUUUACAAAGUGAGCGCAAAAGUUGCCACCCGUUAUUAAAAGUCAAGAUUUGAAUAUUUUCGUGUUGGUGGUAGCGGAGUUUUAUGGUAUUUACGCUCAAUGUUGCCGAGAAAAUCGUCGUUCGCAUGUUUAAGAUGCUCAAAGUCGCGACCAUUUGUCUACAAACUGAACACUCAUAGCUUUGUCUUAUUUGUUUUGUUCGUUCACAAUGUCUCAGGUUUCGCAGCUGAAGGUGUUAAUUUCUCCCACUGGAUGGAGCUGUUACCACCACAUUUGCACGAUGUACCGCUGACCGAACUAGCCAUUCCAGGCUCACAUGAUUCGUGCAGUUACUCGUUGAGCCCGCGAGCUCCGUAAUUCGAUAGUUUAAACUCUGUGAUUAAAGAAGUCGUAAAUCUUAUCAACCCAGCCAUAGCAAAAGACAUUGUUUACCGCUGGUCAGUAACGCAGACUCAAACCAUUGGUCAGCAGCUCGCAAGUGGUAUACGGUAUUUGGAUAUGAGAAUUAUAUAUCUUCCUUCGAAAAAGGACAUAUAUGUAGAACACGGUUUAAUCGGGGCUACCUUGGAUAACAUCUUGAAACAAGUGCACUUCCUUGAGAACUGUCGAAAAGAAGUCGUCAUACUAGAUUUUAAUCACAUGUAUGCUUCGUCACCUAAAGUGCGCGAACUCCUAUUUUCUAAAGUAUCGACGCUCUUGGGAAAAUAUUUGUGCCCGAGGACGGAAAAAUUAUCUUCAUUUACAUUACAAAAGAUGUGGCAACUGAAGAAACAAGUUCUCUUUUUCGUUAGUUAUUCUCUUGAAAAAAAAAUACCCAUGUUUGCAUGGUCCAGUCAAAAAAGUAUAAUUUCUCCCUACAACAGCGACAUCUUUACAGAACAUUCAAAAUGGUUAGGAUUUCUAAGCAAAGAGUAUGCCAAAAAGCGUCCAAAAAAUGCGUUUUACGUCACGCAAGGCAUAAUGGAACCUCAUUGGAUGGAAAUAGUUGCUGGACAGGCGGUAAAUGGAAGUUUGAAGGCUUGGAUUUCAGAAACGGCUACCGUCAGUCUUGUUAAAUGGCUUAAGGGGCGACAUAGGGGAUCUCGUGGUGUAAAUAUUGUGAUUGCAGAUUUUGUCGAGGAUAAUGAUUUUAUUCCAUCUGUUUUACGUUUGAAUAAGGCUGCCAUAAACUGACGAAUGUGUUUUGUUUGGAAGAAUUUUUACUGUUUUUUUUUCUUUUUCUGCCUCUCCUUUUUUAAGCUGAAGUUUUUUACGUAUUUUAUACAGUACAACUGCUCUGCUAUGAAAAAAACAUUUUCUCUUUUUAUUACAGAAAUUUAGCAAACACGACGUAUUUAGCUGUGUAAUAUUCUCAUUUACAGAUGAAUCCACGAAAUUUUUACACUAUUUUUACGACAUAUUACAUACGAUACGUCGUGUUAGCAAAAUUUUCUAUAACACAUAAAAUCUGAAGGAGAUAUCAACGAAAUAUAGAAAUCGUAACGUAUUGCUCAAUCACUUUUCCAUUGUCUAUUUGUGAGGCUUCUCAAAGGAAGCAAUAUUUGUUGACUUCACCCAAACAAAUUAUAUCUUAAGAGACAAAAUCAACUACGGUGUUAAAAUAGAUAUUAUUAAAAAUUAGUGCAAGCAUAUUAUUGUUAUAAGAAAUCUUAUACAAUAAGAUAUUAUGUGGAACUAUCAUAAAACAUGUUUUUAAUGAA